UAAAAUAGAGGGGGCAUUAAGGGUUGUCUCGUUUGAUCUGUAUUACUUCGUUCCUGAACAGAAUAGUCGAAUAAAACGAGAUUGACCCAGGACGUUGUCAGGCAUCAGCGGAGCCGCACUCCCGCUUGCUUUUCCGCCACAGUUCAAACUGGCAGUUGUGUUGGUAAUGGGUGGUUAUCAUCACACACUGGGAGUAUGCUACAGACGAUAAAAUGUUUACAAGAACCGAGUAUUGCUCGAACACAAGUGUAACGUUCCGGAUAGUACCCUGUUACUAACGAGGCUAGCUGUGUAUUCCUUAUUACCUUGUUAGAGCUCAUCAACUGUUACUGGGAUGUCUCUGCCUCCAGAGAAAGCUUCCGAGCUGAAGCAGAUCAUUCACAACCAUCUGCUCAAGAUGGACAUCCACGGGAAGAUCCGAGAGGUGCUGUCCGAUACUGUGAGGGGUGACCAAGGCCCGGCACAUCGACCUCUGUCUGAGAUGGAUUUCCUACACGCUCUGCAGCGCAGGGGCAUCAUAGAGGAUGUGAUGAAGGACCUACACUUCACCCAGGAGGGCACAACAGAUGCAGAAACAGGGUCCCCUCCAAAGCCUGCUACUCACCUUGUUUGCAAGAAUAUGACUCCGCUGCAAAAAACCAAUAUUGACCCAUCCAGGCGGCACCUGUAUGUCCAAGUGCUUGGCGGCAAGGCCUUUCUGGAGCACCUCCAGGAGCCAGAGCCUUUACCCGGUCAGGUGUGCUCUACGUUGACGCUCUACUUGCACUUCCGCAACCAGAGGUUCCGCUCAAAGCCGGUGCCCUGUGCCUGUGAACCUGACCUGAAGGAGGGUUUCCUCCUAGAGAUCCACAGAGACGGCACAGGUGAGGGCAGUAAAAUGGUGGACGUGACCGCCAUGCUGUCUCUGUGUGACCCGGUUCACUUGGUGCUGAUCAGAACGGACACCUCAGGCAACACGGCGCUGGUCUCGUCCUACUUCCUGGACUGGAGGGCGCUCCUCAGCUCUCCCAGUGGGAAGACCUGCUUUGCCGUGGAACUAAUGGGAGUUGGAAGUGAAUGCAAAGUCCCGGCUGGUGUUCUGACUGUCAGUCUGGAGCUCUACCCUCCUCUCACGGAGACGCUAAGCGCUGCCGUCGUCAGCACACAGCAAUCGCUGGAGAGGCAGAGGACUGCAGAGAAGGAGAGGCUCUUCUUGGUCUAUGCCAAACAGUGGUGGAGGGAGUUCCUUGAGAUACGUCCAUCAAACCAAUCUAAAAUGGUCAAGAUCUUUGCACAGGACGAGAACGGCGUAAACAGGCCGACGUGUUCUUACGUGCGUGUCCUGCGGGCGGGCCGGCUGCUGGAGAGCCCCCGACAGGCGGCCCGCUUCGUCAGCCUGCUGGCCCAAGAGAAGGCCCCGGUGGUGGGAGGAGGAGGAGGCAAGCAGGAGCAGUGGUGCACAUUAUUGGCCUUCCUGUGUAGAGGAAAGGGGGACUGCGAGGACCAUGCCACCCUGCUGUGCAGCCUCCUGCUGGGCUUUGGCCUGGAUGCGUACGUGUGCGUGGGAACCAAAGCCAAGGGAACGCCGCACACCUGGGUCCUGACCCGCGGUACCGAUGGGAGCAUCACCUUCUGGGAGAGUCUGACGGCACACAGAUACCUGCACCGGGCCAUAGACCCCGAUGCCCCGCCCCUGGCCCCCCAGCCCAAACCCUCCUCCCCCUACCGCACCGUGGGCUGCGUCUUCAACCACCAGACCUUCCUGGCCAACUGCCAGCCCUCCGACGCCGUGGAGCUCUGCGUCUUUGACUUCCAGAAUCAGUCUCGGUGGAAGGCGAUGAGCGAAGAGGCUCUGAAGUCUGUUUGCGCCCCGGGCUCCACCGCCUCUCUGCCCCCUCUGCCUCCACUCUGUGCCCCAUCUCUGGAUCCAGCUGCCACCAGCAACCAGCUGGAGCUGGAGAUGCGCUUCCUGGUUUCUGAGCACCGGAAGGACCUGGAACUGGCGACCGUGUGGGACGACCACCUGUCCUACCUGCUGUCCUCGGCGCUGGCGGCCUACGAGCUGGAGCGCUGCACCGGCGUCUCCUGCGGCAACGAGGAGUUCCAGGACGCGGUGAGAAGGGCGGUGCCGGACGGGCACACCUUCAAGGGCUUCCCCAUCCACUUCCUGCACCGCAAUGCUCGCAGAGCCUUUGCCACCUGCCUCAGGUCUCCGUUCUGUGAGGAGAUAGUGAGUUGCCGUGGCGACCACGUGAGGCUCGCAGUCCGCGUCCGUGUGUUUCCAUAUCCGGAGAACGCAUGUGCAGUGUGGCUCAUGUUUGCAUGUAAAUACCGCUCUGUACUCUGACCGUCGGGACAGGCGGUCCCACAUAACUACCCGCUGAUGUUGCACAGUGACCCCCGAACAGGAGGGACUCCCGAGGCUUGGUACUUGUCCAUCAGAGUACCUGGACCCACAAUGAGACUAAAUUGAAAUGAACUUGUGUUUGUGGCUGUCUCUCCUUUGAUGCUCAGGCCUUUAUAGACUCUCCAUUUGUACAGACUUUUA